AUGAUAGAGUCUUUCCCAAGAAUUUACUUUCUCGAGCGUAAGAUAAACUUAGAGAUGAGCACAAGUAUUGGCUUUAAUUAAGAAUAAGAUAAUGAAUAUAAUCAAGCAGUUAAGGAUAUAAUGUAAGGAGAUCAAGUUAGACUUUAAAAUAGAAAAAGAUCUUAGGCAGCAAUGGAAAGCUUCGAUUAAGAAUUCAGAGUAUUCUAUGCUAAUUCAUCUCCAAAACGGCCCUAUGAGGUAUCAAGACAUGAAAGAAACAUCAAAGAUGUACUAAUAGAUAAAAGCAUGCAAGAAAAUCCAUUCAAAAGACUAGAAAAUUUAAAAAAGGCCUAAAAAGCAUAUUAACUUAAGCAAAAGAUGCAAAGCCAUUAGAACAGUUUAAGAUAGAGCAUAGAUAUACAAGAUCAGUUAUAGUAAGAAAAUGGGAAUGAUCCCAUUUAUCAAUAGUCCUAAAGCCAUCAUCAGACUAAAAUGGGCCAGGCAAAAAUUAAACUUAAUACUAUGAGAUCAGAGGCAAUUGAGGAAUCAAAGAAUCACCCACAAUCCUAGCUUUGGUACCCGGCGAUCUCUGAUUUCAAAUCUCAUAUAACUUCAGAUUUUGAUAAAAUCUACUAGACAAAAACUGAGCAGAGAGAGCUUAUGAAAAAUCCUCCUAAAUAAAACCCUAAGCUCAGGAAAACAUUUUUGAUAAUUAAUACUGACAAAGAUGCUGUUGCCUCUUAGAGUAUUAGAAAUAAAAAUAUGACUUUGGUUAGUUAGACCAAUAUUGGAACAGAUAAUGAUGGAUCUAGCAAACCAAUUUUAAUUGACACAUCAGAUCCAUUAAUGGACGGAGAUUUAUUGUUUAAAUUCGGAGAUCCUAAAAAUUACUGGUUUGAUGUUGGAGAUAUAAGAUAGCAUUAAAUGUAUGAGGCUAAUUUAGUUUAGAUUUCUAAGAGAUCUAAAUUCAAAGUUUAUUAGAGCGUGGUUAGACCAGACACCUCAUAAAGAGUUUAAUUUGUUGAAAAAUGUGGUAUUUCUAGCUAAAAUAAGUUCAGGCACAACAAAUCUCAAUUACCUAUCAAACAAUAGUUCCUUUAGAGAAGACAAAGCUAGCAGGAAAUGAAUAAUACAGAGUUAGAAAGAAUUAAAGAGAACGAACUAGAUUAGCUUCAACCUUACAGCAAUGACUAUGUUGAUAACAAUAAAAUAUAGUCAAAAUAGUUAAAGGGAACUGAAAUCCCUACUGGUAAAAAUUCUUAAUAUAAAACAGAUAUGCUGAAAAAAAUUAGAGAUAAAUCGCUUCAAAAACAGAAAAUUUAGUCUAAAGAUAAUUAUUUAAAAGCUUAGUUAAAUCUUAAGAAGGGAUUGAGCAAUAUGUAUUCAAAUUCCUAGCAAAGAGAAGAUCUGUAAAAGCAAGAUUCUUUUGUAGCAUUAUUUGAUAAGUUUUAGGCGAGAUAGCCGGAACUUAAAGUUGAUGGUUCAACAACUCAAGGGUCUUAAUCUAAAUAAAUGGCUGCGAGACAAAUGCUCUUAACUUAGACAGGCUAAAAUAAAGAUGCUCCUAUUGAUAAUUCUUUUAUGAAUCAAUUGAUUGAAGUCAGAAGUAACAAAAUUGGAGAGAAAAAACUUUUCAAAGCUGAGUUCAGUGAUAAGCUUUAUAUGUUUUAGCAGAUUGAGAAUCUUGCAAAAGAUUAGUAACUCGAAAAGAAAAUAGAUGAACUAGCUCAAAGAAGGAAAAAGAUGUUGCAGGCAAUGGAACAAUUUGAAAAGAACAACAAGUUUAAAUGA